UUCAUAUAUAACAUUACAUAUUUUUGUUGACUUGCAAAAUUUCACUCAUUAUUUUCGUUAUCAAAAUUCUUAGUUACUAAAACAACAGAAAUAAUUUUACUUCAUUAUGGAUAAUGAACAUAUUGUCUACCAACAGAUAUGUAUGCCAGUCGAUUCAGUUGAAGAGCUUUUUAAUUGUUCUCCUACUAAAAGGACUAAGAAUAGAUUGCCAUUGGUUGGUGGAAAUAAGAUGGCUGGGAAAUAUCGACGCACACAUCAACCCUUCCAAAAGCAAUUCCGAAAAGAUAUAGAAACGAUUCAUGAGAAAUUAUGUCAAGAUAUGAGAAUACCACGCAUUGCUUUUGAUCCUAAAUAUAAGAACUGCUCCGUAUUGGAUGGGUUUAUAGAAUUUACGGAUAGAUUUAAGUCUUUAGUAUUUGAGGAGGAUUUCGAAGAUGAAAAUCGUUUAUGCAUUUACGAAUUUCAAAGCCAACUUGAUUUUUUAUUAAAAAAGGCUUUCAAAAAGAGAAGUGGCGAGUUUGUACGAGAAGUUCAAAGAAGGAAUUACAUAACUAACUGCACACUGUAUGUUCUAACAGUACCGCCAUUAAUUGGGGCCUUGUGGUGGUGUUUUUUUAAAUAAAACAAAAUUGAAUACGUCUGCUAUGAAACACUUAAAAAUUCAAUACCUUCACAUCAUGGAAUGUAAUUACAACCUAACGUUUAUUCCAUUAA